GCUGUGCUCAAAGGAAUCCUGAGAAUGAACAGAGACCCCGACCAGAAAUGCUCUCCUGCUUCACAGUCCUGAAGGCUGAAAUCCAGAAAAAUCCCAGCUGAGUGCUUAAAACCCUGGAUUUGCUUGUAGGAAAUGGAUCUGAUUGGUCUCAGCCUUGCCACCUGAGCAACCCUCUCCCUAAAAGUCUCACUACUGCAGUCAUCGGCUGGAAUUUCCAUCAAAGUCAAUGCUCGGUAACAACUUUUACGAACCAAAGCAAAUACCCAGCACUUCUGAGCAGUCAGGGCCCUAGUCCUGUCCACCCCACUCUACUCUGUGGACAGCUAGAUGCUGGGAGUCACCCUGGAUCUGAGCUCCACAUCCUGCCUCAUGAGGCUACCCUGGAAGGGGCUGCUGUCACCUCUCCUGGGGCUGGGGAGCUAGAGCUGAUCACACAAGCCCAUGCAGGCCUGACAUAAUAAAGGCUUCCUUAGCAAAGGCAUCAUAAAUAAAGGGUGGGGCGGUGCAUGCUUGGUUGCCAAGGCUCCCAGGCAAGUGGCUGCAGAAAGGUUCCGCUCCACAGGCCAGAGCGCCUGCACUUCACUGGCCAGGGUGGCUGUGUCUUAGUCAUCCUGGUCUCCUCCUAUCAUGUUCCUGCGGCACCCCUGGGUGCCCGGACUCCUCCCCUGGCAGCAGUUGUGGUUAUUGGUCCUGGUGACUCCGUUUCCAGAAAGGCACUGGAUCCUGCCGACCACCGAUCCCCCAGAGCCCACUGAGCCCUGGUCUUUGCCUGAUGUCCUGCCGGAAUUGCCCAGUGCCCUUACUGUCCAGCCAAGGUCGAAGGGCUUUGGUAACCUAGCAUCCUCUGCUCCCUCCCAGGGCUUGGACCCACCUCUAGAAUCCCCUGAGCAAACUGGACUUUCUCAGGUCCAUUUGAAAACCCAAACUCGAAAUCGAGAGACUGUAAAGGUCCGGCCCUCUUCACCAGACCAAGAAGCCAAAGAUCAACUCUUGCAGCCCCCUGAGGAAGCCGAACCAUCUCUAAGCCAGCAGGACACUAGCUCUCAGUAUGAUCUUGGUCCUGAAGAGGUCAUAGGUCAACUGUUGCACCAGGAGGCAAAUACUUCAUCUCCAGGUAUAAGUCAAACGCUUCAUUCAGACAUGCCGUUUGUCACAGUGAAACAUGUGGACAUGAAGGCUACCAAAAGGAUAGGGAAGGAGCCACAACCUACUUCAAGGCACCACCAGGCCCCAGGCCAGGCCCUGGAGAGUCCUCAGGAGGUGGACCUUUCCUCAACCCAACAAGAGGACCCACCUCAGAUUCCAGAGCUCUCUGAAGAGGUAGAAACCUCCCCAACCCAACAGGAGCCCCCAGCUCAGCCUCUAGGCCCUCCUGUGGAGGCUAAAGCUUCUGCCCCUAAGCACACACAGCCAGCUCAACGUUCUAAGUCUUCUAGGACUAAAGAACUUUCUGGAAGCCGGUUAAAAGCCCCGGCUCAGCCCUCAGAGUACAGUGGAGAUCUGGAAACUUCUUCAACCCAGCAGGAGCAACCACCUAAGUUUCCAGAGCAUCGUAAAGAAAGAAUGUCAACUCCAGGUCAUCCCCAUGCUAAGCAUCUGCAUUUGCCCCGAGUGACUGGUAAACCCUCACAUCUGCAACUCGCUAUAACUCCAGAACCCACCAAAGAGGAAGGAAUCUUUCCAAACCAUCCCAAGGCUCUGACUCAACCCUCGGCUCCAGUGAUUGACAUGGAACCUUCUGUAAGUCAGCAAGAGGCCCUGGAUCCAUUUGGUGAGUCCUCAGAAGGGGAUGAGCUCUCAUCCCUUCAACAGGAGGCUCCAGCUCAGUCAGAGACUACCGUUGGCAGCUUGCGGACAUCUGAGGCGGGCGAGCCCUCUUUGACCCCUGAUCAGCCCCCAGAGAUCUCUGAUGAACUCUUAGCUCAGCCUCCAGAACCACAGGAGGUAACAGUUUCUCCUCUGGGUGAUAAUCAAGAUCUAUCACUUGAUCACAUUGCUAAUUCAGCUGACCAGGAGACCUCAGGCCAGGCCUCAGUGUCUCCCGAGCAAUUCGAAUCUCUCAGAGACAAUAAAGAGCUUAUAACGCAGCAGCCAAAUCCUGCCUCAAAGGAUGAAAGCUCUCCAUUUGAUAGUGGGAUCCUGACCCCACAUGCAGAGCUCCCUGGGGGACAUUCUCCAAGCCAUCUCAAGAGCUCACCCCUAUCCCUAGAUGACUCUCCUGGUACAACAGCAUCACCAAUCCAGCAAGAGUUCUCAGAUCACUAUUCAAGAUCCCACAUGAAAGUGACGGUUUCCGUUUCAGUGACAGAUAGAGUAACAUUUUUAGGCCACCCUUCACAGCCAACUGAAGACACAGAACCAUUUUUAGUCCCCCAGGAACAUGCCACUGUCCCUUCACAGUCACCCGAUGAGCUGGAAGCUCAGAACAUGACCCCAUUACAGCCUGAGGAGCUCUCUGAGGAGGAAGAACCAUAUCCUGCACAGCCACUAGAAAUGGUUCCUACUGUAAAGCCUGCUGAAGAGGAGGAACUUUCUCCAACCCAGCCCCUGGCACCUUAUGAUCUUCCAAAUGACUGGACACCUCACCCUCGCCACCAUCAUGAGAAGACAGUUCUCACACCAGUUCAGGGUCGAGCUCAACAGCCGGGCGUCACAUUUCAUUCUUCAGACCUAGGAAUCACUUUUAUUCCAGAAACUACUAUGGAGGAUGAACGUUCUACCAUCCUGAAGAAGACGCUAAAGCACCACGUGGAGAUGCUUCCACCUCCAACCCGGCUUCAGGCUCCAUACCCAAAACUCCGUUUGCUCACAGUUCAACCUGUGCACCAGAAGUUUAUCAAAACUUCACAAAUUGGCACAAAAGUUAGACUCUCUUCAACUGUGCAGGAGAACCUGUCUCAGCCCCGAGAGGAGGCUGAGGAGACUGUCAUUCAAACUCCUGUGUCUCGUAAGGUCAAAGUCAUGACUCCAGGUGUGGAGCCAGCUCAGCAUCCAACAUCAUCACCCAGGGUCACAGGCCAACCUUUGAACAUGGCAGCCACAAAUUCAGUAUCUGUCAUAGAGACUCAGUUUUCCAUAGCUCAGCAAACAACUGCAUCCCCUCCAGAGCACUCUGAGGCAACACCUGCACACCUGGAGCACACAGAGGCUCAACAUCGAAGGCUGAAUGAAGUCACCAUCCUUCCUUUGGAUGUGGAACUUAGCAUCACUGAGUAUUCUGUGAGUUACUCUCCAGGACAGACUUUCACUGGACAAGAGAAGCAGAGUGCCAAUAUAUGUGAGCUCUGCACCUGUCAGGAUGAUACUCUGUCAUGUACUGGCCUCAGCCCAAAGCAGAAGCUCAACCAAGUGCCUGUGCUAGUACCAAAAAAACCCUUCACCACCAUAAAUUUCCAAGGAAAUGCUAUUUUUUACCUUGCUGAGAAUAUUUGGACAACAUACAGGUGGGUUGAGAAACUAAAUCUCAGUGAAAAUGACCUGACUGAGUUACAUAAAAAUUCUUUUAAAGGCCUGCUGUCCCUCCAGUAUUUAGAUUUAUCCUGCAAUAAAAUACAGUUUAUUGAAGCACGGACAUUUGAACCACUACCCUUUUUGCAGUUUAUAAACCUUCGUUGCAAUUUACUCACACAACUGAGCUUUGGAACCUUUCGGGCAUGGCACGGAAUGCAGUUUUUACAAAAAAUCAUCCUCAGUCAUAAUCCUCUGGCAACUGUUGAAGAUUCCUAUCUUUAUAAAUUGCCAGCAUUAAGAUAUUUAGACUUGGGGAAAACACACGCGCCACUUCCAGUGGUCGAGAACAUCCUCAUGAUGACACUCAGACUGAAAAUGCUGAUCAUACCAAGGCACAUGGCCUGCUGCCUCUGCCAAUUUAAAAGUGAUAUCGAAGUUGUCUGCAAAACAGUCAAGCUGCAUUGUGAUAAUACCUGUGUGGCCAAUGCUACAGAGUGUCUUCAGGAAGCCCCCGUAGGGAACACAGAGGGAGUAUUCAUGAAGGUGUUACAGGCCCGGAAGAAGAACGCCAAGACUGAGCUGGUGAUCGAGCCUGCAGGGUCAUCUUCAGAACAGAGUGACCUCAGCUGGUCAGACCUCAUGAAGGAGACGUUUAACUCUAAUGAUGAAAGCGAAGUGAUUGAAGCGCUCAAUUACGUCUUACCGUAUUUCUCAGAGGGGAAUCUGGAAAAUCUAGACUCAUUAUUGCCAUUCAUUCGACUGCUUUUUUCAAAAGUACAAAAUGAAGCUAAUCACCAGGGUGAUCUGAACGACCAGAGCCCCUCUCAUCAACAAUCCGUGUCCACUGGCUCUGUUUACAGAAAUAAGCUGAAGAAGCUACAUUUUCUACAGAGUUGGUUAGAUGCAGAAAUUCAGGGAAAACUCCAGGAGGUCAGAAAGAAAGAAAAAACAGCCAUGUUUAUGCAGCCCAGCCCUUUAGGUUCCAAAUUUCAAAUCAUUCCCAAGAAAUUGGCAAGUGCCCAAGCACAGGAAAACAGCCUGGCAGAGAAUCAGCACAGAAGGAGAAGCCUGCGGACUGUGAAUCGGGUCCUCAAGGGCCCGAAAGGCACAUGGAAAAGACUGCUCAAGGAAAAGCAGAAACAGAAAGUCAGGGAGAAGCAGAGUACCCAGAGUACAGAUGAGCAGAACCUCAGCAGCCCCAGCCCAGGGCAGCCAGGGCAGAAUGGGGAGGUGCUGAGGUCCAGGGAGUCAGCCCGGAGCCAAUCCCACACAGAACAAAAGGCAUCCGUGUCUUCCUCCCUGCAGAGUACUCUGCUGAGCAGUGGCAGAUUAUCCACCCCCACCUCUGCCAGUGCCCCGAGUGGGGAGAAAAACAGAGCAAAAGACCUCAGCAGCAGCAUUUUGCUUUUAGAACACGCCAGUGAUAGAGUUAAAAGCCUGAAAGCUGUGAAACCAAGCUUAGAAUACAAAAAACGUCAUCACUUUUCUAAAACUUACUCUCCCAUGGCCCUAAAAGUGCCCCAGCCCAACCCCAGGGAGCAGCUCCUGAAGGAAAAGGCACGCCAGAGACUGAGGAUUGCAGAGAGGCCUCUGUUCUGGGCCCUGAGGAGUCUCAUCCACUCCCCACCACGAGGCCUCUCCUCCUCCUCUUCAUCUUCUUCCUUGGAAGACCUGCGCCUUCAGGAGAAUUCUUUCUCUGAAUUACAUGCUCCUGCCAUAUUCUCUGUAGAAAACACUGCUGCAGAAAACCAGUCCGCAGGAAAUGCCUCCGAAGUAAGUGCUUUUACCACAAACGCGCCUGAUUCUGCCACAGGUUCUCCCAUAACUACACCCAGCCUAGCGCCCACCAACAUGAUUACACCGGGCCUGAUGCCCACUGAUGUGUCUCCACGUGGCCCAACAUCCAACCCUGCACCUUCUCAAAGCCUAAAGUCCCUCAGUGACUACCCUCGCACUGACUUGCCCCUCAGAGACCUCUCUUUUCCCAUGCUGCCUGGCGAUCAGUUUGAAACCCAGCUAAACCAGCAGCUUCACAUGCUCAUUCCCAACAAGGAGGUGAGGAGGCUCAUUUCCUACGUGAUUCGCACUUUGAAAAUGGACUGCUCCGAGCCCCAUGUGCAGCUGGCCUGUGCCAAGCUCAUCUCUAGGACAGGUCUCCUGCUGAAGCUGCUCGGUGAGCAGCAGGAAGAGAAGGUUUCCCAGGCCCAGUGGGACACGGAGCAGUGGAAGAGCGAGAACUACAUCAAUGAGAGCACAGGAGCAAGUGGUCAGAAGGGGCCUGGGCGAUCAAAUGAGUCCGUGCAGGAUGUGCCUGGGCAUGGCUACAACAACAAGCUCAUCAUUGCAAUAUCCAUGACAGCAGUUGUGAUGCUUCUAAUCAUCAUUUUCUGUCUCAUUGAGAUUUGUUCCCACAGAGGCUCAGAGGAAGAUGGAGAGUCCAGGGGCUUUUUCGGUCGGAGAAGGAAGAACUUAAAGGAUAAGGACAGUGAGGAAAGCUUCUUCUGGAGACCGCUGUGGCUCAGGGACAUGAACAGACCUCUCAGUGUCACCCGCCAGCAAAGCAUGGCACAGAAGCUGCGCGACAAGGAUUCCUCUGACGAGGAUGCCGCAACCACCAAGGACACAGAGUCAUCCAUCGCUGACGCCUCCCCGUCCAAGGAUUCCGAAGAGGCACCCGGGAAGGGCAAAAAGGGCAAGAAGGGCGAGAAGGGCGAGGACGAGCAGGGCGAGAAGGGCGAGAAAGGUGAGAAAGGCGAGAAGGGCAAGGGCAAGAAAGGCAGGAAGGACGACAAGAGCGAGCAGAGCUCGGAAGGCGAGGAAGGCGAGGUGGGCGCAAAGGCCGAGAAGGGUGAGAAGGGCAAGAAGGGCAAGAAGGGCAAGAAGGGCAAGAAGGGCGAGGAGGGCGAGCCGGGUGCGGAAGGCGAGAAGAGUGAGGAAGGCGAGAAGGGCGAGAAGGGCGACAAGAGCGAGCCGAGCUCCGAGGGCGAGCCGAGCUCGGAGGGCGAGCCGAGCUCGGAGGGCGAGAAGGGUGAGAAGGCUGAGAAGGGCAAGAAGGGCAAGAAGGGCAAGAAGGGCAAGAAGGGCAAGAAGGGCGAGAAGGGCGAGAAGGGCGAGCCAAGCUCCGAAGGCGAGAAGAGCGAGGAGGGGGAGAAGAGCGAGGAAGGCGGCGAGAAGGCCAAGAAGAAGGGCAAGAAGGGCAAGAAGGGCAAGAAGGGCUAGCAGAGCCCUUCCUGAGGCAGUGGCAACAACAGAGUGACCCCUGUGCUCCCACACUUGGCUGACCAGCAAAUUUUAUUUUGGCAUUGCUUAUGAAAUAAUUACUUUUCUCAGAUUACAAUAUAUUAAAUUCAAAAUAAAGUAAAAGGUGCACACGUGUGCACCCUGGGCAUGCUGACUUGACACGGAGCUGGCACAAGUUUGUCGCAGGGGCCGGAAUCCAGCCAUGGCACCGGCUUGCGGCGAUGUCACUGAAAGGGGUUCUGAUGGCCAGGCUUAGUGACUCUCUGGGGGCACGUAGAGCUCUGG